AUGGCUCUCAUGGCGGCCUUGGAAUCUGACCUUCGGGCUCUAUCGGCCGAAGCUCGUCGCCGUUACCCUGCCGUUAAAGAUGGGGCGGAGCAUGCAAUCAUAAAGCUCCGCAAUUUGUCUAGUCCUAGUGAAAUUGCACAUAAUGAGGAUAUUCUACGAAUUUUUUUAAUGGCAUGUGAAGUGAAGACUGUAAAACUCAGUGUAAUUGGACUUUCCUGUCUGCAAAAGCUCAUAUCCCAUGAUGCAGUUGCACCAUCAGCUUUGAAGGACAUACUUUCAACAUUGAAAGAUCAUUCCGAGAUGGCAGAUGACACUGUUCAACUUAGAACCCUGCAGACUCUGUUGAUAUUGUUUCAGUCACGUUUACACCCACAAAAUGAGGAAAAUAUGGCUCAAGCACUAUAUGUAUGUCUUCGGCUUCUUGAGAACAACCGUAGCUCUGAUAGCGUAAGAAACACUGCUGCCGCUACCUUCCGACAGGCAGUAGCAUUGGUGUUUGAUCAAGUAGUUGUUGCUGAGACUCUUCCUGUGGGGAAGUUUUCUUCCGGAGUUCAUCUUUCUCGAUCUAGUUCCGUUACUGUUGAUGUUAAUCGGAGUAUGAACCUUUCAGAGUCACCUGGAAAAGACUUUGAAUCUGAGAGAUCAUUAUUGAGGAAAGAGACCCUGACAGAUCCUGGAAAGAUUGGACUUCGCUUACUAGAAGACCUGACAGCUCUUGCUGCAGGUGGAUCUGCAAAUUGGCUGCAAGUUCAUUCACUUCAACGGAUAUUUGCCCUUGAUAUACUUGAGUUCAUUCUAUCAACUUAUGUGGUUAUUUUCAAGACCCUGGUUCCUUUUGAACAGGUUUUGCGCCACCAGAUAUGUUCUCUUCUGAUGACUUCACUUCGUACUGAUGCAGAGCUUGAAGGAGAAGUUGGGGAACCUUCAUUUCGGCGGUUGGUUCUGCGAUCGGUUUCUCAUAUUAUUAGGUUGUACAGUACAGCACUUGUCACAGAGACAGAGGUUUUCAUUAGCAUGCUCGUGAAGGUUAUCUUUCUUGAUCUACCACUUUGGCAUCGCAUUCUUGUUCUUGAGAUCUUGCGGGGGUUCUGUGUGGAAGCAAGGACUUUGCGGAUCCUAUUCCAAAACUUCGAUAUGCACCCCAAGAACAUUAAUGUUGUGGAGAGUAUGGUUAAAGCACUCGCUCGAGUUGUUUCUAAUGUACAGGCUCAAGAAGCAAGCGAGGAGAGCUUGGCAGCUGUUGCAGGAAUGUUUAGUAGUAAAGCUAAAGGAGUUGAGUGGAGCCUUGAUAAUGAUGCAUCCAAUGCAGCUGUGGUGGUUGCUAGCGAAGCCCAUCUAAUAACACUGGCAAUUGAAGGGCUCCUCGGUGUUGUUUUUACAGUGGCUACUCUGACAGAUGAAGCAGUAGACACUGGAGAGCUUGAAUCCCCUAAGUUUGAUCAUGAUCCUGCAUCCAAAUGCGCUGGUCAACUGGCAGUGCUAUGCCUCGCAAUGGUAGACUCAUUCUGGUUGACUAUUCUUGAUGCGUUGUCCCUUAUUUUAUCAAGGUCACAAGGAGAGGCUAUUGUCUUGGAAAUAUUGAAAGGUUACCAGGCAUUCACACAGGCAUGUGGGAUUCUUCAUGCUGUUGAGCCUCUGAACUCUUUUCUUGCAUCGCUUUGUAAAUUCACCAUCAAUGUCCCAAAUGAAGUAGAGAAGAGGAGUGCAGCACAGUCUCCAGGGUCAAAACGUUCUGAGCAACUAGUUGAACAGAAGGACUCCAUAGUUCUUACUACCAAGAAUGUGCAGGCCUUGAGGACUCUCUUCAACGUUUCUCAUAGAUUGCACAAUUUUUUGGGGCCAUCAUGGGUUUUGGUUUUGGAAACUUUAGCUGCUCUAGACAGAGCAAUCCAUUCACCACAUGCUAGUACACAGGAGGUGUCAGCAGCUGUGCCCAAGCUUACAAGAGAAUCUUCUGGCCAAUAUAGUGAUUUCAGCAUUCUUUCUUCUUUGAAUUCUCAGCUGUUUGAGAGCUCAGCAAUGAUGCAUAUAGCUGCUGUUAAAUCACUACUUUCUGCACUGUGCCAAUUGUCAUAUCAAUGCAUGUCCACAGCAACAGUAUCGGGCAGCUUUGGACCAGGAAUCAGUCAAAAAAUAGGAACCAUUAGUUUUGCUGUCGAGAGGAUGCUAUCCAUCGUUUCCAACAAUGUUCACAGAGUUGGACCACUGUGGGGUCAGAUUGCUGGUCACUUCCUGGAGCUUGCUGAUACCCCUAAUCAACAUUUACGCGCCAUGGCACUUGAUGCAUUAGAUCGCUCAAUGACUGCAAUUUUAGGUUCUGAAAGCUUCCAUGAUUAUGUGUCAUCCAGAUCCAAUGGGCCACCAGAUAUGACGAGCAAUACAGAGCUGAAAACACUCGAGUGUUCCAUCAUAUCUCCCAUUAGGGUUCUCUAUUUUUCCUCUCAAAGCGUUGAUGUUCGUACUGGAUCGUUAAAGAUUCUUCUGAAUGUUUUGGAGAGACAUGGUGAAAAGUUAUACUACAGUUGGCCAGAUAUUUUAGAACUGCUGAGGCGCAUUGCUGAUUCACCAGAGAAAGAUCUUAUAUCCCUGGGCUUUAAGAGUCUCCGUGUUAUAAUGAAUGAUGCGAUUACCUCUAUACCUGUAGAGUGCCUUAACGUAUGCAUUGAUGUCAGUGGAGCAUACAGUGGACAGAAGACAGCGCUAAAUAUAAGUUUGACAGCAGUAGGCCUCUUGUGGACGACAGCUGAUUUUAUUGCUAAGGCAGUUCCAAAUAGGCCACCGCAAGACAAGCAAACAAGUACUUCAGGCAUGCAUUCUGACCAGAAUCCUAUUAAGGGAAAAUCAAAAGAAGAAGAGACUCCCCCAUCACCUAAUUCAUUCACUGAUGAGCCCUCUUCAGAACAUGUCAUGGACUGUGACCAAUUGCUCUUCUCUGUUUUCUCUUUACUACAAAGGCUGGGAGCUGACGAAAGGCCGGAGGUUAGAAAUGCAGCUGUCAGGACACUUUUUCAAACUCUAGGGAGUCAUGGGCAAAAGCUUUCAAGAAGAAUGUGGGAAGACUGUCUCUGGAAUUACAUCUUCCCUGCUUUGGAUCGUGCAUCUCACAUGGUAGCUACUUCCUCGAAAGAUGAAUGGCAGGGCAAAGAACUAGGAACUCGGGGAGGGAAAGCUGUUCAUAUGUUGAUUCAUCACAGUCGGAACACUGCUCAAAAGCAGUGGGACGAAACACUUGUUCUAGUCCUCGGUGGAAUAGCACGUUUGCUACGUUCGUUCUUUCCAUUUCUCAGUGGCCUGAAAAACUUUUGGGCAGGGUGGGAGUCGUUGAUUUUGUUUGUAAAGAAUAGCACUUUAAGUAGCAGCAAAGAGGUUGCCAUUGCUGCAAUAAAUUGUCUUCAGACAACUGUUAUUUCUCAUGCUCACAAGGGAAAUCUGCCAAUGUCUUACCUUGUCUCGAUACUUGAAGUUUACGAGUAUGUUAUGCAAAGACCAUUAAGCUACGGUGGUAAUGCAACUAGCAAGGUGAAGCAGGAGAUCAUACAUGGUCUGGGAGAACUGUAUGUGCAGGCACAUAAGAUGUUUGAUGAUCACAUGUUCUCUCAGGUGCUUGAUAUCAUAAAGUUGGCUGUUAAGCAAGCACUGAUGACCAACGAAAACUUUGAAGCUGAAUUUGGGCACAUUCCACCUGUGAUGCGUACUGUCCUGGAAGUCUUACCUUUGCUACGUCCAAGUGAGCAAAUCUCUGGAAUGUGGCUAAUCCUGUUAAGGGAGAUUUUCAAAUACCUUCCUAAGUCCGAUCUUUUACAUGAUGAGGAUGAGGGAGCUAAACAAGCGAGCUUAGGAGAAAAUACUGCAGACAACCUAAUGAAGAGAAAGAAUGAAACCCCGAGUGGAGCUAGUUCUGGCCUCUCAAAACAAGUUGAAUCUCCACCCCAGAGCUCCGGAUCAGCUGCGGCUGUCAUUUCAAAUUAUUCUUUUGCAGAGAAGCUAGUCCCUGUGCUAGUUGAACUCUUGCUUCAAGCUCCGACUGUUGAGAAGUAUAUCAUUUUCCCGGAAAUAAUUCAAAGCCUUGGAAGAUGCAUGACGACAAGAAGAGAUAAUCCAGACGGUUCACUCUGGCGGGCUGCUGUUGAAGGCUUCAAUCGCAUCCUCAUCGAUGACGUCUGCAAAGACGGUGAGCCUGAUUCAGAAGUUAGCCGGCCUGCCAGACUACGUGUGUGGAAGGAAGUUGCCGACGUGUAUGAAAUAUUCCUGUUGGGUUACUGUGGGCGUGCCAUUCCCACCACCUCUGUCUCACCCAUAGCACUUGAAGCAGACGAGGCGCUCGAGAUGGCCUUCUUGAAAGUUCUAGGCGACAAGAUUCUUAAAUUGCAGACUGAUGCCCCUGUCGAUAUUCUACAACGACUAGUUUCCACGAUGGAUGGCUGUGCAUCACGAACGUGCUCUUUGCCGGUUGAGACAGUCGAGCUUAUGCCGCCCCACUGUAGCAGAUUUUCCAUGCAUUGCUUGCAGAAGGUAUUUGCAUUGAGCAGUUGUGACAAUGAAAUGACGAGCUGGAACUCUACGAGAUCUGAAGUGAGCAAAAUUGCGAUCACACUCCUUCUAAGCCGAUGCCACUACAUAUUCAACAGAUUUCUAGUUGAUGAAAAACACUUGGGUGAUCGUCCGCUGCCAAGAACUAGGCUGGAAGAGAUCAAGUACGUGCUUCAAGAGCUUGCGUGUCUCGAAAUCCAUCCCGAAACAGCAACUGUCCUUCCUUUACAUCCUUAUUUGAGAGAUGGCUUGGCGGACAAGGAAGAACAGAAGAGGCGUCCACAUUUGCUCGUUCUGUUCCCAUCAUUGUGUGAGCUCAUAAUGACACGGGAAGCGAAAGUGCGAGACUGUGUUCAAGUUCUGCUGAGACUCGUGUCCAAAGAACUUGGGCUUGAAAAGGAGGAUCAGCGGUCAACCCAUAUCUGA